GCUGCAACCUCUCCUUCGACCUCCUCCUCCCUGUUCGACUCUUCCCAUUGUUCCUCCUGCUCCCGCCUCUGCUGCUGUUAUGUCGCCGAAGCCCUCCUAGCUGCGCUCUCUGCUCCCGCCGUCCGACUCAGCCUCGCCCUUCACCUCUCUCUGUCGCUGGCCCUUCGUCGUCCUUGAGUUCCCUGGCCUUGCGCUUGCGGGUGACCCGGUUAUUUUUUUGGCCCACGACUUCGGCGAAACCUAAUUUCGGGACACGCUGCUUGAUCGUGCAACACUAGCAGCUGCAGCUCUUUGUCAAUCUGAUUUCUCUCGGUCCUUUGAAAUUUACUUCGUGAAAGACAUAUUUGCAUGCACACAUAUACAUAUAUAUGUGUAUAUAUAUGUAAAAAUAAGAGAGAGAGAGAGAGAGAAAAAGAGAGAAAGAGAGAGGGACAACGUGAAAUUCUCUUCGAAAAUUCCUAUUCUGUACCCGCAGCACGCGCACCUGUCGUUCUCGCCUGUCGACCGUCCCUUUCGAGCAAACGUGACGAACCGAUUCGGGUGCACCACAGGUAACACCUGAGCUUCUAGGCGCCGGUUGAAGUCUUCGCAAUGGCGUCUCCGCCGCCUCGCAAGGCGCCAAGUGUCACGAGCAGUGCCGGCACUACGAAGUCCAUAUCGCUUCCCUUCCUCCCCCGAUACACGCCGAAGCCAGAGCCGGCCUACGUCUCGCCUGCCGCCGCCGCCGACUAUAUCCUUCACAACCGUGACGACGAUCAGCUAGAUCACAUAUCGCCGUCCGUAUCGCCCACGCACGAAUCAGUCGUGUUUUCGGGCCGAUCGUUGAGCUUGCUCAAUUCAUUUCUCGACUCGCUCCUGUACAAUUUCCUCGCGAAGGCCCGAGGCACGUCGCUCAGCCAAUUGAAGCCGGCAAUCAUCGAGGUGCUCAAGUCGAAGCUAGCACGAGAUGCCUUGGCCAGUGCCGACGAGGAACUAGAAGGCCUGGUCGGCGAGGCAGACCUGGAUGACGCGGAGGAUGUGGCCACCUUCGGCGGUCAGGAGGGCUGGUCGCAAGAGUGGCAUCUUGAGAUGGCAUUCAAGCGCAUGCGAUUGAGGGUCAUGGUCUUUAUCAGACUUGGGGACUUUGACGAUGAAGACGAGGAGCGCUUUCUCGGCGAGGAAGACGACUUGCGUAACGGCGAGAAGCUCGAACAGGAGGAGAUGCUCGCGUCACCUGCGGCAGUGUACCUGGCUGGCGUUCUCGAAUACAUCGCAGAGCGUGCUCUUGCCAUCGUCGGAGAAGCUUCGUGGAAGCGAGCUUCAGGGAAAGCGCACAGACGCGUCCCAAGCGACAUGAGUGAGCUCAGCGAUCUGCGAGGGCUCGUUGUUCAAGAGGCCGACGUCGAGAAAAUCACCCUCAACCCCACACUCGGUCGCCUCUGGCGGACUUGGAGAAAAAACUACCGUACAAUGCAUUCUUCGUCAGAAUCCGGGAACCACAUUGUACUAGCGUCGCCCCCAACCCCGACAUCUGAUAGACCUUACCGUGGCCGUCUUGGUAGCUUGAACGAGACCAUUGCCGCUGUUAGAAGACCUAGUCCUAGCAACCACGAAGAGCGCGAGAAUCGACAUCUGAGCGCAGACGAGAUUCCAGAGGGUGAUGUUCUCGAAUUCGACAUCGCCGCAAACAUACCCCUCCCCAUCAACGAGAACGAUGUCGAAGAGAUCGAGACGAUUGAGCUUCCAGAUCAAGACGUUGUAGCCGCAAUACCACUGCCUAUGGGCGACAACGAUGUCAACGAGAUCGAAGUACCCGGACUGGCAAAAGAAAUCGUCGACGAACCCGCUCGAGCGGAGGAAGCGGUAGCUGAGGAAGCACAAAAGAGACCACUUAGCGCCAUUUGGUCAUGGCUCACUCCGUUCUCCUGGGGCACAGAGCCGAGCAAAGGCAGGCCCAACCUCCAAAGGAUGCGAUCAAGCUCUGUGCCCACCAGAGAGCGUCCUACCUUCAUGGGUGUGGCGGUUUUCACUCCUGCCAAAGAGCAGGAAGAGCCCCGGUUUGAGACCGUGGAAGCUUCAAGCACCCCUGAGGCGGGAAGUGAAGACGUCGCCACCGUUGGGGACGCAGAAUCAACGUUGACAUCUAGAUCCGAUAAACCCAGAAUCUCCAAACUGGCGGACAUGGUCGCGGGCGCGGCGGUAGGUGCUACUGCGAUAGCUGUCACAACCGCGGCCGCUGUAACAGGCUCGCGUAGAUCACAGCCUGCGGACGAAUCCGAGAAGCCUGGUGCACCCCUAGCCACCAAAUCAGAUGCGGACAAGUCAAGGAGCCCGGUUUCUACGAGCAUCGCGGACAGGAGGCGAAUGUUUGAAGCCCAGACAAAAGCAGCGAACAAGGCCGAUGCUCCUGUAGCGCGUGAACCGUUGACUACCACAUCCGAAGAACAGAUGCAAUCUGCAGCAGCGGAAACGCCAUCGCACACGUCUCCGUCGAGGCCUGUGGCUGCUGCCGUGACGUCCGUAGCGACGACAGCACAUGUCGGGGCUGAAGGAUUGAUGGCACCUAUUGGAGUUUUCGUAAAAGAGGUUGAUCCAAGGGUAGACAGAAAGACGGUAAAGGACGAACCUGAACCGGCACCAGAAUUGCAGGCCACUACUGAUGAGAAGGCGAUCGGCGUUGCAAGGACAUCGGAUGUACCAGUCCCAGUUCCUUAUCCACAAGCCAGCCAGUCGACUGCUCCGCUUCCGGAGAGACAGCGUCCUUACCACCUUCCCGGCAACCAGGUGAGAAACGAAAGUGGGCGAAUUACGCCCACGGAGUGGAACACCAACAGGGACCGCUCGUUGGUUGGUGCGGACGAAUAUCUAUACGCCAGUCCCUCAUCAGCUAAAACUGGUCCAUCACCCCUUCGGACCGUUUCAAAGACGGAAGCGCGCCAGAAUGAACCAACGCGAACUUCUAGCGAUGGACCUCAAUCGGUCACAUUCUACCACUCUGAAGACGAGAAGUCUGCGAAGGAAGAGCAGAGCAGCCAGUCCACUUCUGCAUCGAGGCCUAAACCGCCACCACUGAAGGUGGCGACUCGAGAGCCUGAGUUAGAGACAACACCGAUUCGCCCAACAAGUGGUCCGCGUUCCGCUACUUCGACUUCAGGAGGCCACAGCACCAGGGGCUCUGCUUCCAGCUCAACUAUCCAGCGCCAGCUUGACAAGAAGUCGCUUGAGGAGAGUCGUCAACGCGACUUUGAUUCCCUGCUGAAGAACAAUGAACCUGUCAAAUAUACUCUCACACCAGAAGAUCUUCGUACCACAGAAGUUCGCACCACAUCGUCAGUGACGACUCGAAUUCCUGCCCUAGCAGAUCGCGGACCGCCGUCGCCUCGAAUCAUAUCCUCGCCAGGAACGUACACAGUGAGGCGAUCUCCACCGCGUGAAACUGCUGCAUCCAGGAAGGAGACUCCCAGCCCAACAAGUGCCUUAGGUCCGCAUGGGCGCAAAGCAGGCGUGCCUCGUGUCUCAGAGUACAAGCGCACUGCGGCGAACAGACUCUCCCAGAAACCAGAGGCCCUCAACACAAGCUUGCGAAAAUCCGGAUUCAUGCCCCGUGAACCACGCGUGAUCACGGACAACACGGCCGAUCUUGCUGACUAUAUGGCUUCGACGGCUCCAGAGCAUGAACCAACUAUUCUCCCUCUUGCUCGUGCUGCUAGCAAUUCCAAGCUGCAGCAGACCAUCGGGCGUACUUCAUCUCCGCUACCCCGAUCUGCCUCCCGCCAGAAACUAAUUCCGCGAGAGCCCGAGGUUAGGAAAGAUGGCACAAGCGACCUGAUUGACUUCAUCCGCCAAGGUCCUCCUGGAUCGAAGCCUGACAAGGAGCAGAGGCGGACUGUAGCACCGUUCCGCAACACCAUGGACUCGGACGACCUUGGUGGCUUGAGCGAUCUGGCGAGCGCUAUGCAUUUCGGGUCUAAAUUGGAGUCCAACUCGGGAUCCGGGGUGCUUGGUGGUUCUAUGAGCGGUCGUAGCAAACCAUCUGCUCCUGGCAGUGGUGCUCCAGUUAUUGUCAAGAAGCAGCGUCGGGUGAAGGAUCCGUAUGCGAUUGAAUCCGACGACGAUGAAGCGGACUAUUCAACGUCCCUUCCGAAUGGUGGAAGAGCAGGGCAAGAGCCACAGGAGGAGUCCCUCGCAGAUUUCCUUCGAAAUUCAGAGCCUCCUUCUGGAAACGCACCUCCGCUUCUCAAUGGCAACUCAAUUAGCUCGAGACACACAAAUGUCUCUGCGGCUGGCGGGUAUAGUGCGUCUCUUUCGUCCAGUGCUCCUCGAUCCGCAAUGAUCAAGUCUGGGCUGUCUUCUUCCGGUGCCACUCAGCGGGCUAAGUUCGAGGCGCGCGCGGCAGGCGCAACGCGCAAUGGCUUUGGUGGAAAUGGAUUCUACUACAGCACCAACGACAUGGCUGAUUUCUUGCGAAGCUCUGGACCUGUUGAAAAUGUUACCACGCAGCAGGUUACGCUUCAAAAGAAGCCGUCCAAGAGGGGUGUUUCAAGCCUGAUUUCAAGAUAAGCUGGACAGGCAGGCAGUUCUUUUCACCCUUGUUGGAUGCAUAUCCAACCCACACAAUGCACGCGUAACGUUUCACAGUGCGACUUCGGCCUUAUUGUUCAGGGAAGCAACACGCGCUCCGUGGCUUCGAAGCAAGCGUCGGAGUCUGCCAGACCUCAGAUACCCAUUUUCUCACUUUUACAAGACGGAGGAACAAAAACAUACCUGCUCGCUGCGUCCAUAAUAUUUCCUUAUGUCAUUUUAGGCAAUUGGAGGGUUUUUUUUUUAAUUCUUUGCGCAUCUAUUGCUUUCGAAAGGGUACCACAGAGAUGAAUGGGACCUGCCGUAUCUGCAUGAAGUGAAACUACAUUAUUUACGCCUCGAAGGUUAUUCACGACCGUCCGGAAAGAAGCUUCGAUUCAACUUGAAAAGGGACGCUUUGGGCUCAGCGCAUUUGUUUCAUUGUAAUCAACAAGUUUUCAAGAUUGUACAGCUAUGGCUCCAUUUCGGACCUCGCAAGGAGGCCUGCCUGCUUUACAUGGUGGACUCGGAUGCAUUUCUGUCUAUUCCCGUCCUACAACUGUAUGCUAGAUACUAAUUUGAGGCCUAAUUGCGAGAUCUACAGAGACUCAC